UUAUCCAGUGUGAAACAGAACACAGAAAAAAAAAAGAGACAGAAAUGGCGUUGUUGAGUGGUAGCACGCCAUGGUCCAAGCUCGUUGCUCCUCCCAUUUUCCACCGUUCUCACGCCCCUCGCACCUUCCUAUUCUUCAAACGACGCCGUUUCUCAGUCUCUGCUCUCUCUGAGCAGCCUCCCGUUCGCGUCCGUUUCGCUCCGUCCCCAACCGGAAACCUCCAUGUCGGCGGUGCUCGAACGGCCCUCUUCAACUACUUGUUCGCCAGGUCCAAAGGUGGGAAAUUUGUGCUCAGAAUUGAGGACACUGACUUGGAGAGGUCCACAAGGGAGUCUGAGGAGGCCAUGCUCAAAGAUCUCUCUUGGCUUGGGCUUGAUUGGGAUGAAGGGCCUGGUGUUGGAGGGGAUUAUGGUCCUUACAGGCAGUCUGAGAGGAAUUCUUUAUACAAACAAUAUGCACAAAACCUACACCAAUCUGGCCAUGUUUAUCGCUGCUUCUGUUCUAAUGAGGAACUGGAGAAGAUGAAGGAGGAUGCUAAACUAAAGAAUCUGCCACCGGUGUACACAGGUAAAUGGGCCAGCGCAAGAGAUGAGGAAGUUGAAGAAGAGCUGGCAAAAGGGACUCCUUAUACAUACCGGUUUCGAGUCCCUAAAGGAAGUUUAAAAAUUAAUGACUUAAUUCGAGGCGAAGUUAGUUGGAACUUGGAUACACUUGGAGAUUUUGUGAUAAUGAGGAGUAAUGGCCAGCCUGUUUAUAACUUCUGUGUAACGGUAGAUGAUGCUACCAUGGCAAUUUCCCAUGUUAUUAGGGCAGAGGAGCAUUUACCAAACACUCUAAGGCAGGCAUUAAUAUAUAAGGCACUAGGAUUUCCCAUGCCUUUCUUUGCACAUGUUUCCUUGAUUUUAGCUCCUGAUCGGAGCAAAUUAUCAAAACGACAUGGAGCAACAUCAGUGGGUCAGUUCCGGGAGAUGGGAUACCUACCGGAAGCAAUGGUGAAUUACCUAGCAUUAUUAGGUUGGGGAGAUGGGACUGAAAAUGAGUUUUAUACACUUGAUCAACUUGUUGAAAAAUUCACUAUUGAACGUGUUAAUAAAAGUGGUGCUAUCUUUGACUCAACGAAGUUAAGGUGGAUGAAUGGUCAACAUUUGAGAGGACGUCCAUUGGAGGAGUUGACAAAACUUAUUGGAGAGUACUGGAAGACAUCUGGCAUAGUCACAGUAUCAGCAGGACCUUUUAUUGAUGAAACAGUUCAACUACUUAAGGAUGGGAUUGACUUGAUAAAUGAUGCAGACAAGGCCCUUACUAACUUGCUUUCUUAUCCUUUGCAUUCUACUUUACAGAGCGAUGAAGCAGAACCUCUCUUGCAAGAUAAUCUUUCUGAGUUUGCCGAUAGCCUAUUGGCAGCCUAUGAUAGUGGUGAUCUGGUGGCAGCACUUGAAGACGGCCAUGCUGGCUGGCAAAAGUGGGUGAAAGGCUUCGGUAAAUCGCUUAAGCGGAAGGGAAAAUCACUUUUCAUGCCUCUCAGAGUUCUGUUGACUGGAAAACUUCAUGGACCUGACAUAGGGGCAAGUGUUGUAUUGCUCUAUAAAGCUGGAAUUAGUGAUGUAGUGGCUCCUGAAACUGGCUUUGUGACAUUGGAUGAAAGAUUCAAAAUGCUUAGGCAAAUCAAGUGGGAGACAUUGUCCAAGGAUCAACCUGUCAAAGAGACUGCUGCUUCUGUCUAACUGAGAUUUCACUACCAAGGUCUACCAAAUAAAACCAUGGUUUUUUUACACUUCUGUUUCAUGCAAAUUUGAGUACAGAAAUCUGUAUUUUGUAAUUUUUCCAGAGGGGUCUUGUUCAGGCUUAAUAAUGAGUUUCAUUUUUUAUAUAUAAAAGUUUGUUUCAAUGUGA